GACUCGUUGCCCCGGAAUAAUACCAUUAUAGAUUAUCAUAAUUACUAUUCUACAGCAAAAAUUUCUAACAGUAGUGCUCACUGGAUGGAAGUUGAUUCACAAAACAAGUCACAAGUAUAUGAAGUUCUAAAGGAUCAACAUAGCAGUGCACAAUUAAUUCAUACUAGCUUUCAUUUUCCUUACUAUGGCCACUACAUCGAUAGUUUUUGGGUCGCUACCGGUGGUUUCUUAUAUGUUGGAUCAAUUUUUCAUAGAAGUAUUACAUCGCUGCAAUAUAUAGCACCGCUGAUGGCAAAUUUUAACGUGGACUCUGAAAAAGGUUCAUCGGUGAAAGUAUUUGAUAAUGGAAAAUCAAUAGCUAUCACAUGGGAUAAUGUAACACUUUUUGAUUCACCUGAAUCAGGUCGAUUCAAAUUUCAGUGUAUUAUCAAUAUCGAUGGCAAAAUUAUGUUUGUAUACAAAACUAUUCCAUUGCCACCAGUAAAUAUCAGUAAUUCUAGCCACGCAGUAAAAGUUGGCAUAUCAGACGCAUUGUACAUUUGGCACCAUGGGCUUGGUAUUGUGAAUAUAUAUGAAUAUCAUCGGAUUUUAAUUGACCUUCGUUUUCUAAAAAGUGAUUCUCAGAUCUUGCUUUCGCCAUUGCCGACAUGUCUAACUGCGUCAAACUGUCAAAGCUGUUUCGAUCCAGCUAUUAAAUUUAAUUGUAGAUGGUGCGUUGCUCUACAGAGGCAAGUA